UCGGGGCGUGCGGGCGGCGGCGGGAGCCGUGCGGGGCCCGAGCGGGCGGCGGCGGCUAUGAUGGGCGCGUGUUGGGGGCCGGCGGUGCGGGUGCUGGUGCUGCAGGCGGCGUGGGCGCUGGUCGGCGGUCAGGUGCGCUACUCGGUGCCGGAGGAAGCGAAGGUGGGGACGGUGGUGGGGCGUGUGGCGCAGGAGCUGGGCCUGGAGGCGGGCGAGGCGGAGGCGCGGCGGCUGCGGCUGGUGGCGCAGGGCCGGCGGGCGAGCGUGGAGGUGAGCGGGGCGAGCGGGGCGCUGGUGGUGAGCGGGCGGCUGGACCGGGAGGAGCUGUGCGGGAAGAGCGCGCCCUGCGCCCUGCGCCUGGAGGUGCUGCUCGAGCGGCCGCUGCGCGUCUUCCACGUGGAGCUGGAGGUCACCGACAUCAACGACAACGCCCCGCUCUUCCCCGCCGCCCGCAAGAACCUCAGCAUCCCCGAAUUAAACACCGUGCCGGGGUCUCGUUUCCCGCUGGAGGGCGCGUCGGAUGCGGAUAUCGGAGCGAACGCGCAGCUCUCCUACACUCUCAGCCCCAGCGAGCACUUCUCUCUGGAUUUACAGCGGAGUGAAGGGUAUUCAGAAUCCCUCUUCCUGGUGCUGACGAAACCUCUGGACCGUGAGACGGAGCCCGUGCACCGUUUGUUGCUGACGGCGAGUGACGGGGGCCGUCCGUCUCUGUCGGGCACAAUGGAGCUGGUGAUCUCGGUGCUGGACGCGAACGACAACGCACCCCAGUUCAACCAAUCGGUGUAUAAAGUGCAGCUGCCGGAGAACGCGGAACGUGGAGCUUUAGUCAUAAGACUUAACGCCACAGAUUUGGACGAGGGUCUCAAUAACGAAUUUACUUACAGUAUCGUGAGUUCUCUUCCUGUUGGUAACAGAGAUCUGUUCACCCUCGAUCCAAAGACGGGGGAGAUCCGUCUCACGGGCACCCUGGACUUUGAAGAAGUCUCUAUACAGGAGAUACAAAUCAAAGUGACAGACAAGGGGACGCCACCACUGUCGGGUCACUGCAAGGUGGUGUUGGAGGUUUUGGACGAGAACGACAACGCGCCCGAGGUGCGGGUGACGUCACUGUCGGUGCCGGUGCCGGAGGACGCGUCGGUGGGGACGGUGGUGGCGGUGCUGAGCGUGUGGGACCGUGACUCGGGGUCGAACGGUCGCGUGCGUUGCUCGGUGUGGCCGGCGAGUCCGUUCGGUCUGGUGUCGUCGGUGUCGGGGUCGUACUCGCUGGUGGUGCGUGAGGCGCUGGACCGGGAGCGCGUGUCGGAGUACGAGGUGGAGGUGCGUGCGGAGGACGGCGGGGCGCCGGCGCUGGUCGGGAGCAGGCGGGUGCGGGUGCCGGUGUCGGACGUGAACGACAACGCGCCGGCGUUCGCGCAGGCCGUGUACACGGUGCUGGCGCGGGAGAACAACGCGGCGGGGGCGGAGCUGGCGCGGGUGCAGGCGAAGGACCCGGACGAGGCGGGCAACGGUCGCGUUCGGUACUCGUUGUGGGAGGGCGGCGUCGGUGCCGCGGGGGCGGUCGGGGGAGUGGGUUCGGCGUCGAGCUACGUGUCGGUGGAGGCGGAGAGCGGUCGCGUGUGGGCGCUGCGUCCGCUGGACUACGAGGAGGUGCAGGUGCUGGAGUUCGAGGUGCGUGCGGUGGACGCGGGGGAGCCGUCGCUGUGCGGCAACGCGACGGUGCAGGUGUGGGUGUUGGACGAGAACGACAACGCGCCGUCGCUGCUGCCGGCCGCGGGCGUCGGGGCGGGCGCCGGGGCGUCGGGCCGGUCGUCGUCGGUCUGGGAGUCGGUGUCGGGAGAGUCGUCGGGUUCGCUGUGGGCGUGGGCGGCGUGGGGGACGCCGGCGGGGCAGGUGGUGGCCAAGAUCCGCGCGGUGGACGCGGACUCGGGCUACAACGCGUGGCUGCGCUACGAGGUGUGGGAGCCGCGGGGGAAGGGCCCGUUCCGCGUGGGGCUGUACAGCGGCGAGGUGAGCACGGCGCGGGCGCUGGAGGAGGCGGACGGCCCGCGGCAGAGGCUGGUGAUCGUGGUGCGGGACCACGGGGAGCCGGCGCGCUCGGCCACGGCCACGCUGAGCGUGUCGCUGGGGGAGGGCGGCGAGGCGGCGUCGGCGGCGUCGGGCGCGGGGUCGUCGGGGCCGGGGCUGCGGGCGUCGUCGGGCGCGGAGGGCGGCUCGUCGUCCUUGUCGUCGUUGUCGUCGUCGACGAACGCGUGGCUGGUGGCGGCCAUCUGCGCGGUGUCGGGGCUGUUGGUGGUGGCGGUGGUGCUGUGCGGAGCGUGGCGGUGGGCGCCGCGGGCGGGCGCGCUGUCGGGGCGCGGGCCGGCGACGCUGGUGUGCGCCAGCCAAGUGGGGAGCUGGUCGUACUCGCAGCGGCAGAGCCGGAGCCUGUGCGUGGCGGAGGGCGCGGGCAAGAGCGACCUGAUGGUGUUCAGCCCCAACUGCCCGCCGCCGCCCGCCGCCGCGGCCAAGGAGACGCAGCCGGAGCCGCCCGCUCUGCUGGACACGGAAUCCUGUGAGGUGAUGGCAGAAGGACAGAUGGGAGAGGGACUCCAGUGACUUUCCCGGAGUGGA